AUGGAGAAGAUCCAGAACAUCUUUGCCGGUCUAACGGGGAAAGAGAAGCUUGGUUUCAUUGACGCAUCUCAGCCGUCUCUCUACGUUGCGGCGGCGGCCAUUGCGUUCAAUCCAAUCUUCUGGAAUAUCGUCGCCCGCCAAGAGCACAAAACUCACUUUUUGACCAAGGCGUUUGGCUCACCUUAUUAUGGCUGCUACGCUCUGGCAGUGACCAUCUUCGCCAUCGGGGUCAUUCGAGACUCUCUCUAUAAGACCGCGCUGGAGCAGCAGCCAAUCUAUCCCCCAUUACAUCAGCCGGAAAUCGGAGUGGCCCUCUUUCUCACUGGCAAUGUCCUCGUCCUUUCCAGCAUGUACGCACUGGGGGUCACUGGGACGUACUUGGGCGACUACUUUGGCAUCUUAAUGGACGAAAAGGUUGAAGGAUUUCCCUUCAACGUCACCGGCGCACCAAUGUACUGGGGCAGCACGCUUUCGUUCUUGGGCACCGCUUUGUACUAUGGUCGGACAGCCGGUGUGCUCCUGACAUUGGAGGUGUUUGUGAUGUAUCUCGGUGCCUUGCGAUUUGAAGAUCCCUUCACUGCGGAAAUCUACGCGAAAAAGGAUGCGAGGCCCGUAACUCGCUCAAUGACGAAGCAGAAGGAACGGAAAAAGGCGUAA